UUCUGAAGGUACGCAGGUUAUUGUUGCAUCCUGUUCAGGUAAGUUCAUUCAUUCGGACUUGUGUAUAGCCCUCUGCUUCAUGGUUGCUUGUCUCUUGCAUUACAAGGACUUCACUUGUGUACCAAGCGGGAAAAGAAGUAUUCUUGUCCUCCAUAUUUAAAGCCCGCAUCUUCGAAGGGACCAAGUGCUAUGCCCGCUUGAGGUUCCGAGGCGAAGAGGAUGGGAAGACAACCUUGCUGUGAGAAGGUCGGGUUGAGAAGAGGUCCGUGGACUAUAGAAGAAGACCAGAAACUCGUCGACUUCAUCCUUAAAAAUGGCAUACAGUGUUGGAGAGUUGUCCCUACGCUAGCCGGUCUGCUGAGAUGUGGAAAGAGCUGCAGAUUGAGGUGGAUAAAUUAUCUUAGGCCUGAUCUUAAGAGAGGGGUGCUAACGGAGGCGGAGGAAGAUCAGAUUAUUGAGCUUCAUUCACGUCUGGGAAACAGGUGGUCUAAGAUCGCAGCACACUUGCCCGGGCGAACGGACAAUGAGAUAAAGAAUCAUUGGAACACCAGAAUCAAGAAAAGGCUGAAGCUCCUCGGGUUAGACCCCCAGACUCAUGAGCCAAUCAUCCACGAUGAACGUCCCAGUAGAAAGGAAAAUGCCUGGAAUGCCGACAUCUCGGUGAAAGAUCAACAACCUAUUCCAGGAAAAGAGGUUUGCAGGACUCUUAAGACCGGAGCAAACCCGGACCCCAAAGAUACCUGCUGUUCAAAAUCCCUCACUCUGAAGAUGGACGAAUCGAUGACACAGGAAAAUUGCUUCCCGAACUUGAUCGAGACCGCAGAAUCCACCUUCUCAUGGGAUUCCUUGAGUGAACUAGAACAGAUAUUUCAGUACAGAAGCCAUCGAUGAGCUUCUCUGCAUGGACAUUGUUAGGGUACGUGUACAUGAAAUCGAUGGCCCUCUCCGUGCUUCCGCCUAUCUCAGGUUUUUAACUCUUGUUUCAUGCCCAUCUUGAUAUAAAACGUGAAUGUCGCAAA